CAACACUUUGGAGAAGCUUUAUGUGCGAGUUCCACAACGUUUCUGUGUCAUAGUUACGAUAGUCUUGGGCCGUACUUUCGAUUCUACUUUUGGAAAUUAAGUGAAUACCACACCAAAAAAAUGCGCACCGAUAACUUAUGUCUAAGUGCACCGUUUUCUUUAUAAGGACUUGUGGUUUUAACCAUUCCGUAUCCUCGCGGGUCUGGCCAUGCGGGUAUAAAGGGAAGGCUAUUUCAUGUUUGAACUUUUGAUCAUGAACUUUUUUUUUGUGUAUAUGAAGAAUCGACACAUAAAAUCUACUGAUAUUAGGUAUUUGGGGAAUUGAAAAGGAAGAUCUGAUAUCCAUUUACCAUGGAACGGAACACUGCCGCGGCGCUUCUAAUAUAACGCUGAUUGAUAAUUUUCUGGAAAUUUGGCUGUUCCGACGUCGGGAGACACGCUAUCUGAUCGUUGGUGCGGUGGAUUCCUUUGGGGACACGUUCUCUGAUGGGGUACCGAGGACAUUCGCCCCCUACUCUUUCUGUAUCUCUUCUUAUUUUGCCAGUCCUGUAUCUGGUACAAGUUGCUCUGAGUGUGUGUCCAGAGUCUUUCACAGAAACGUGUCUACUUCCGGCCCAACGUCUACAGCAAUACGUCAGAGAGUUACCUCCCCUCGCCGGAUUCUAUACAGCAUAUAAUGAAUCAGAACUCAUCAACAUAUGCAGCUUAGUGAGCCAGUAUCAGAAUUGUUCCAAAACAAUUACAAACGGAUGUGACAUGAAUACAAUUCAAAACAUCCAGGUAUUGCACAGCGUCUUCCUGCCUGUCUGUGGGACAUACUACCAGGAUUAUUUGAAGCACAGAAACUGCUUCAACCACCAAAUGCUAAUGUACAAAUCUUGCCACCAGAGGAGACAAGCCAGAGUGAACCAGCUCAAGAGGGAGGACCAAUAUAAUUUACAAAUAUGCGAAGUCACUAACGAGUACGUGAAAUGUGUGUAUCUCGUCACGGCUUUACAGUGUUCCAUGGAAGCCGCAGACACUUACUUUAACAUUCUUAACCAAUCAAUGUCGUUAUCAUUUAAUGGGGCAGACUUCCGCUGUUCUAUACGUCAUCCUCAUGACGACAUAUCCGUUUUUACAACAACGAAAUCUACAACUACAAUAGCAACAUCUCUUGAUUUUACAACGAGGAAGGGGAGUCCGAAAGGAAAGCGUUCGGUUAGUGCAGCAACAGACAGGAUGUCGGCCAUGACGGGGUGCUUAUACAUAAUUGUUUUAAGUGUAUAUGUAAUAUUAAAGAAAGUUUUCUAAUAAAUUACAUUGUUU